AUGGCUGCAGGCGUGAUCCAGCCUCUCUGUGACUUCCAGCUGCCCCUGCCCUCCCUUCGGCCCUUCCUGCCCCCAGACCCAGAGCCCCCGGACACUUCGGAGGAGGAGGAGGAGGAGGAGGACGAGGAGGUAGGGGAGGAAGACGAAGAGGAUCUGGAGGGUGAGGGGCCAGGGGCCCACAGCCCAGCCCCCCACAGCUCAGGUUGGGCCAUAGUUGCCCCAGAAGAGGCCCCUCCAGGUCCGAGCAGCCCCGAGAUGCCACUGCAGCUGCUGCGGUUCUCUGAGCUCAUCAGCGGUGACAUCCAGAGGUACUUUGGCCGAAAGGAUGGGGGGCAGGACCCAGACGCCUGUGACAUCUACGCCGAUGGCCACCCCGCCAGCAGCUCAGCCAGGGAGCUUUACUACGCAGACCUGGUGCACCUGGCCCAGGGAGGGUCCCCCGAUGAUGACAAGGCUGCUGAGCCUGGGGUCCACUCUCCCAGGGGUCCCCAGGGGCAGGUGCAUGAGAGAGGCCUUGGCGGAGAAAGGGUGCAGCCGCUGGGGCCCCUGGCCGAGUUGUUUGACUACGGACUACGGCAGUUCUCAGCGCCCAGGGCGUCCGCCAGCCACCGGCUGAGGCUGGAGCAGAAGUACGGCCACAUCAGACCCAUGACGCAGAGGAAGCUGCCCCCCUCCUUCUGGAAGGAGCCGGCGCCCAGCCCCCUGGGCCUGCUGCACCCCGGUACUCCCGACUUCAGUGACCUGCUGGCUAGCUGGUCAGUGGAGGCCGGCCCAGAGCUGCCAGGCAGGGGCGCCCAGGCCCUGGAGGGGGUGCAGCUGGCCGAGGCCCAGUGA